AUGGAGUACUUCAGUCUCAAGAGAUCGAAUGCCGCCGAUCGUGGCCAGGCCAACUUGUCUAGCAAAGUCUAUGUUCGCUCAACAAAGAGUGGCAAGGUCCAGAAGAUCGUAAGAGAGUUAUACCUACGACAAGAUAUUCCUUGCUCGUCGCACCUCUGUAGGGCGUGCUUGGACAUUGCACCCACGGAUUACUCAAAAAAGGUCGCCCCGUUUGUGCUCUCGGAUACCCCAGCUGGAUCGGAACAUUUUCCAAAUGGACAGUACCUUGUGCCAGAUACUAACGCCCUCCUUACCGGGAUGGAUCUCUUUGAAGUCGAGACAGCGUUCCACGAUGUCAUCAUUCUCCAGACUGUCCUCGAAGAAGUCAAGAACCGCUCCUUACCUCUGUAUCACCGUCUGAUCGCCUUGACCAAGAACGAGGGUAAGCGCUUUUACGUGUUCUUCAACGAGUUUCGCCAAGAGACGCAUGUACCUAGAGAUGUCGGGGAAACUAUCAAUGACCGUAAUGAUCGAGCUGUGCGAAAAGCUGUGCAAUGGUACAAUCAACACAUCACGGAAGCUGUUACUGCGCGCAGCAAGAAACAGACGCGAGUACCCACCGUAGUCAUGAUCACAGAUGACAAGGACAAUUUGAGAAAAGCAAAGGCAGAAGAGGUCCCUGCCAUGACAUUGGCCAAGUUUGUCUCUGGCUUGGAAAAAGCAGACGAGCUACUGGAUAUGAUAAGUGCUGCACAGGAACAGAGAGAAGUGAGGUCGAAGAAGGCGGAAGUCUUCUACCCCGAACACUACUCGGUUUCGAAAAUGAUGACUGGUGUAAAAGCUGGUACUCUGCAUCAGGGUAUUUUCAACGUAUCAACAUACAACUACCUUGAAGGUUCCGUACACGUGCCAACGUUUGACAAAUCACUUCUUAUCCUGGGAAGAGAGAACAGCAAUCGAGCUGUGUCUGGCGACGUCGUGGUAGUGGAAGUUCUUCCUCGGGACCAAUGGAAAUCGCCUUCAACCAAGAUCAUCGAGGAAGAGACAUUGAACAAGAACGACAAUCCCGAAGCCGAGGACGGCGAGAACAUUGUUUCUGAGAAGGAACGACGGGCUCUGCAGGAUGAGGUUAAGCGUGUUCAUGGACAGAACUCAGAGGGCAAGCCGCAACCAACUGCGCGUGUCGUUGGUAUCAGCAAGCGGAACUGGCGACAGUAUGUGGGUCACAUCGAUCGCGAUUCUGUUCGGUCAACCUCGAAAACUAGUCGAACACAACAGACGGUGUUUCUUGUACCAAUGGACAAGCGCAUUCCCAAAAUUCGCAUACGAACACGGCAAGCAGGUGAGCUUCUUGGUCAGCGUAUAUUGGCAACAAUCGAUUCUUGGGAGAGGGAUUCAAGAUAUCCAGUCGGUCACUUUGUGCGAUCACUGGGUGAGCUAGAGUCCAAGGGGGCGGAAACAGAAGCUCUACUUCUGGAAUGGGACGUACAAUACAAGCCAUUCCCAAAGACUGUAUUGGACUGUCUACCAGCCGAGGGACAUGAUUGGAAGGUUCCUGCUAGUCUUGAGGAUCCGGGUUGGAAGGGACGAAAAGAUUUGCGAGACCUUCUGGUUUGCAGUAUCGACCCUGUUGGCUGUGUUGAUAUCGACGAUGCUCUUCACGCCACAAAGCUACCCAACGGAAACUUUGAGGUCGGAGUACAUAUCGCUGAUGUGUCGCAUUUUGUCAAGCCCAACAACGCUAUGGACAAGGAAGCUAGCCAGCGUGGAACCACAGUCUACCUCGUCGACAAGCGAAUAGAUAUGCUGCCAAUGCUUCUCGGAACUGACCUAUGUUCUCUGAAACCGUAUGUUGAGCGAUAUGCUUUCUCGGUUUUGUGGGAAAUCACUUCAGAUGCAGACAUUGUCUCCUCACAGUUUACGAAGUCGGUCAUUCGUUCAAGAGAGGCUUUCAGCUACGAGCAGGCGCAAAUACGCAUUGACGACAAGUCCCAGCAAGAUGAUCUGACAGCCGGAAUGCGAACACUACUUAUGCUAUCCAAGAAACUGAAGCAAAAGCGAAUGGAUGCCGGAGCUUUGAACCUCGCCUCACCUGAAGUCAAAGUUCAAACUGAAUCGGAAACUUCAGACCCAGUGGAUGUCCAGACGAAAAAGUUACUCGACACCAACUCGCUGGUAGAAGAAUUCAUGUUGCUUGCCAACAUUAGUGUCGCUGCAAAGAACUAUGAAGCCUUCCCACAGACUGCUCUCCUGCGUCGUCACGCCGCGCCUCCAAAGACAAACUUCGAAGAGCUCACCAAUCAGCUCAAGGUCAAGAAAGGUCUAGAGCUACGGACUGACAGCUCCAAAGCUGUAGCAGACUCUCUCGAUACAUGUGUCGAUCCUAACAAUCCCUUUUUCAACACCUUAGUCAGGAUCAUGGCAACGCGGUGCAUGAUGUCUGCCGAAUACUUCUGCGCCGGCACUCAAGCAUAUCCAGAAUUCAGGCAUUACGGUCUGGCAAGCGAAAUCUACACGCACUUCACAUCUCCCAUUCGUCGAUACGCAGAUCUGGAGGCGCAUCGCCAGCUAGCUGCUGCUAUCGAAUACGAGCAACUUGAUACGAGUUUGCAAUCCAAGGCCAAACUUGAAGCCGUCUGCAAGAACAUCAAUGUUCGCCACCGCAACGCGCAGCAGGCCGGUCGUGCCUCGAUCGAGUACUACGUUGGUCAGGCACUGAAGGGCAAGGAUGUCCAGGAAGAGGGGUUCGUCAUGAAGAUCUUCUCGAACGGCUUCGUCGUGUUCGUACCGAGAUUCGGUAUCGAGAGCUUGAUUCGAUUAAGAGAUCUAGCUACCCCGGAACCAGAGGCGGAUUUUGAUGCAGAGAACUACACAUUGGAGAUUAGAGGCGGCGUGAGCCGGAGCAUCGAGUUGUUUGAGAGGGUCAUGGUGAGAAUCACUGACGAGAUUGAGGAAAGCACUGGGAAGAGAAAGGUGCGAUUAUCAUUAGUCUGA